GAGGGGAGUAGUGACGUCACCAGGAGGAGGGGAGGAGGCUGAGGAGGAAAACAGCAUCCUUCAUCAGACGGAGAGGAAAAGGAGCAGAAACGCCAGGACGGAGAAUAAAACAAAGGAGGAGGAGAAACUCCGAUGGUGCCUGAGAGGAGGACGGACGGAGGGACGAGAGACACCCAGAGACACAGCGAGACAGAGGAGAGACUUUAGAAGCCGUCCUGUGGGCCUGAGCGAUCAGCUGACUGCAACUCACCGGGGAGGGUGGAGCCAUGAUGGGCAAGGAUUACAUGUUGGCCAUCAUCAUCGUGAACUAUGAUGACAACAUCUGGACAGACCAGAACCUCCUCCUGGACCCAGAUCUUCCCUCCGGCUGGAGAACUAUCAAAGACUCCACUGGGACCUACUACUGGCACGUUCCCACCGGCACCACCCAGUGGCAGCAUCCCCGCCUCACUGGGAUACCAAAGCCUCUCGAAACACCACAGGAGGAGGAAGGAGAGCAGCGCUCCAACAAGGAGACAGAGGGCGCUGCUGAGGAAUGGUCUUCAUCCCAGGAAGAUUACCUCAGCAACCACGACCCGGACUCAAAGUGUUUCGCAGUUCGCUCUCUCGGCUGGCUGCAGGUGGAGGAGGAGGACCUGUCUCCCGGCCGCAGCAGUUUAGCCGUCAGUAACGUCAUCCAGCAGCUGUCUCACUGCGGCAGUCCAGAGCAGAGAGACAGGUCUGAGGCCUGGGGGGAGGGUCGGGAGAUGAUGAUGGUUCUGAAGAAAGACACCUUGACCCUGCUGGACCCUUUAGACCACACCCCCCUCCACUGUCAGCCAAUCAUCAACAUCCGUGUGUGGGGCGUGGGCUGCAACAAUGGCAGGGACAGGGACUUUGCCUUUGUGGCUGGAGACAAGGACAGCUGCGUCCUGAAGUGUCACGUGUUUCGCUGUAAUGCUCCAGCCAAAGCCAUCGCCUCAGCGCUGCAUGAGAUGUGCUCAAAGAUGAUGUCUGGCAAAGCCCUCAUGAGGCCCUUGCGCUCCCUCACCAUGGAGAGCCUCUCACCUGAAGACCUGCCCAGACAAGUGGAGUUUCUAGAGGCGGUACGGCAGCAGGUCCAGAAGUUUGAGGUCCAGUACAUCGGAAACCUGCCGGUGUCCAGAGCCAUGGGUAUGGAGGUGCUGAACAGAGCCAUCGAAAGCAUCAUGAACUCCACCGACCAGGACGACUGGGAGCCAACCGUCAUCCACAUCAGCGACAAAGUUCUGUCUCUGUGGAAGGGGGAGGAUGGAGACGAGCCUCUCUGGGAGUGUCAGGUGCGAUUCCUCACCUUCCUGGGCGUCGGCCACGACAGCCACACCUUUGCUGUGAUUGUGGACGCCGGCACGCAGCAGUUCGAGUGCCACGUGUUCUGGUGCGAGCCGGACGCCGGGAUCCUCUCUGAGGCGGUGCAGGCUGCCUGCAUGAUCCAGUACCAGAAGUGUCUGGUGGCUCAGACUCCACCUCCUAGGACCAAGUCAUGGCGUACGGCUCCAUCAAAGGUUAAACGGGCCAACUCCAUGGACGGCGCCGCCUUUCCGCCGCUCACAUCCCAUCACCACAGAAACAGCAGCAGCUCCACCUUGGUGACCAGCACCAAAGGCAGCAGCAGCAACGUGAGGAAAGGGAUGCUGGCGUUCUUCGAGACGUUCCGCAACAAACAAGCUGCCACCUCGUAGCGAUGGGGGCAGGACCGCUGGACGCCGUCCGACUUGGCUGCAGCCCUGAGGGUCUGAGCAACACCUGAGGGUCUGAGCAACACCUGAGACGAGGCCCACCUGAGGAGCAGCCGGUGGGUUCAGUCUCUGGAUGAAUGUCUGCAGGUUUCUGACCAAUCAGAGCCCUCGAUUCCUGCACCUCCUUCCCUCUAGAACAAAGCAAACCGUAGAAAACACACCGAACCGCCUCAGGACCUUCAGACUUUAAAUGUGAAUGAAACGUUUCUCCCUGAGGGUCGUGUUGAAGACGAGGAGGAUUUCUGUGUCAGACUUAGAUUUCCCUCAGAAGUGGUUAAAAACAGACAUGUAGGCUUAGAGAGCAGCUCCUCCCUCCUUUGGUUCAGCUUCUCCUGGAGGGAGCCUACCAAGCUGCAGUGGCAGCUCCUCACCGCCAGGGGGCGCAGACGAGUCACGCAUUAUUACCUGAUUCCUCUGCAGGCUGAAGCUGAUCUAAAGGAUUCAGAAGGUUUUAAGCUCGUUUUGUCUGUAAAUAACAACAAACAAUUUAAUGAUGUCAUGUAUAAAUAAAAUAAAUAAAAUAAAGAAAAUCCUUCAUUCUGCUGCUGAUCUGA